AUGGACCCACAUGGAAAUUACGGUGAGCUGAUAGUAUUGCGCAUGGAACCGGUGAACGGCAAAAUGCCCGACCACCCUUUCACACUACGCCAAUCUAUCGAGAAAAGGGUAAAUGGAAAAAUCGAAGGAGCCAUCUCCGAGUCGCAAGGCCGAUCGUACGCUCUGAAGGUCAGAAGCAGGCACCACCUCGAAAAGCUCCUAACGAUGUCUCAACUCAUUGAUGGCACCCCAGUUAAAGUAUCGUACCAUCCCGGGCUAAAUUCAACACGAUGUGUAAUCAGCUGCCGCGAUUUAAUGAAAAUGACGGACGACAACGAGGUUCUCGAGUGCCUCAGGGAUCAAAACAUCACCGGUAUCCGCCGGAUUACCAGAAAAGUAGGUGAACACAGGGAAUUUACACCUACGGUGAUUCUCACCGUUGGUGGAACUACGAUCCCUGAACACAUCGACAUCGGUUACCAGCGAGUUCGAACCCGACCAUAUUAUCCUGCACCCAUGGUAUGUUACCAGUGUUACCACUUUGGACACACAAAGCAAAGGUGCCAGAAACAACUGCCGACAUGUGGAAACUGCAACCAAGAACACGAAGUCACCCAAGAUACACGAUGCCAGAACCCUGCAUACUGUGGCCGAUGUAGUUCCAACGACCAUUCCGUCAGCAGCCGUAAAUGUCCGAUGUACCAAAACGAGGACACAAUUCAGCAUAUACGAGUAGAUAGAGGCUUGUCGUACCCCGAAGCCAGAAGAGUUUUUGAAGCAAGCACAGGACAACGCUCUUUCGCUGGAAUUGCAUCUCACAGUAAAGAUAAAACUAUUUCCGAUCUGUCAGCAAAGUUAGAGACGCUCUCCGGACAAAUGGCCCAGAAAGAUGCUCAAAUAAAGGCUCUGGAGGACAAAAUGUCCACAGGUAACACUUCAACCAGCAGUACCGACUUUCAGCGUCUCGAACAAAUGAUAAUCAACCUGCAAAAAGAAAUCCAGAAAAAGGAUGAGAGAAUCCUAACCUUGGAAAAGGCACUAGAAAAGGAUUCCAGGAUUGACCUUGUCCGCAAACACGGAACGAUUGAAGACCUUGUCGCUAAAGUAUCCGCCCUUCAAGAAACAGUAAACAGAAAAGACCAGGAAAUCCAAGAUCUUCGCGCAUCUAAUAAGACAGCCCGUGCUUCCAUCGAAACCACUUCUAAGCCCCAACGACAGCAAACUGCCAAGAAAAUGGUCCCCAAUGCAACUACUAGUACCCAAGAACAUAACAGUCAAAAACCAACGUGCGAAAAAUAUCUGCGCUAA